AUGAGCUCGAGCAUGGGCCCCACGUCCAUGCCCAUCGCGCGCUCGGCUCCCAUGUCGAUGGGAUCGCUUUUGCAUCCGCCAGAACCAGCUGGUCAACCCCAGUACGCGUCCUACACAAGCGCCAAUUCGUAUGCCGGCUACUCCCAUGAUCACUACGCGUACAACCCGUAUCAAACGUACGGUGCCAUGCAGUCCCCGGCGAGCGCGCCCUCGCAGGCGCCAUCGGCGUCCGAAUACGAGUACUCGGAAGCAAUCUCGUAUGAUGUACCGAGGCGCCGGGGCCCCAGCAUGAUGAACAACGCGCCGCACCAGUACCGGCGUCCACAAGGGGACUACGCACCCGCUCCUCCAGCCCACUACGCGCAAGAGGCCGCGCCAUCAUACAGCGAUGGUGGUUAUUACGGGGGACAUGCAGCUGCUGUGGACCGAUACCCGCAUCAUUCUCAUCCUCAUUCUACUUCCUACUCUGCGCAAGCAAGCUCAUCCUCGCAUCCUGACCCCUACGCCCCCUCACCACCUCAACAACCCUCGAAUCUGCCCCCACUGUAUCCGCGACAAGCCGAUUACCGACGUCAGGAGGAGUACCAUCCCCAGGCAGAUCUUCAGCAAUACCCAGACGAAUACAACAUGCCCCACAAUGAAUCUAACGUUUCCCUUGUCGGCGAGUCCUCAAUAACAAACCCUUGGCACCACCUUAUCAAUACCUCCCAGAAUAUCAACCUGCUGAGCGCAUGUCCCGCGCCAAACUCGUCUUCGGCACGACAAAAGCGCCCUGCGCCUCCACCCGAAGAAGAGGAGGAUCAGGCGCCCGCUAAAAAGAAGCGAAAGCCCUCCAAGCCAACCAUCUCUGGCGCAUCUCGACGUGGCUUCACGGCGCAGAAGAGGAUGGAGAGCGCCGCAAAUGCCAACUGGAAUGCCCAGCUAGCCGGACUCGCAGCAGAGCGCGUUGUAGUCGAAAGAUCCUCCGACCUCGGCGUCAACCGACAAGAGCUGAAGAUCGAGCUACAGGUCAAGCGGUGCAUGACGGGCAGCGCCGCGGGCGAGGUCCCAAAGUGCGUUGCCUGCACGCGACGCUGGGCCGGCGAUACCUGCCGCUUUCAAGGAAUCCGGUACUUUGGGAAGGACAAGGACGGCAAGAUCGUCACUGUCGCGUUCAAGGGCAUGCCAGACCCGGCGAAGUUGAACUACCCGGACAAGUGGAAUGUGAAGCCCACAUUGGAGGGGCUGAAGACGAUGAAGCUCGCUGUGGCGAAGGCUUUGUUGCCCAUUCUUCACGACGAGCAAGCACAUCUCGAGAGUCCCAUCAUCGUCAAGCGCAAGCGCGAAUGCGACGUCCGCGUCACCUGUGACCACUGCAACACCUCUAUCUUCUCUGCCGGCUGGAUGUGCCGCAACUGCGGACGCGAGGCCUGCCCGGCGUGCUACGAGAUCAUCCAGCAGCUCACGCAACCCAUCAAGGAGCUCCCCGCCGACCAGCAGCGCGCGGUCACGCAGAAGCGCAACCAGUUCCACCACAACCUGCCCUUCUUCCUGAACUGCUCGAAGCGCGGGGAGCACCAGGCGACGCAUUUCUCGCCGGUGACGCGGUUUCAGGAGGAGGAGCUGGCGGGGGCGAUCCGGGAGAUGGAGGCGAUGGUGAGGGAGAGCGAAGCGGUGGGGCGGGCGAAUAGGACGCUGACGUUUGCGGGGGCGGAUCGGUCCCGGGCGGCGGGGGGCACGUUACCUGUGACCGCGGCGGCGCUGUCGGAGGUGCCGUGCGCUGCGCCGGUGGGGGCUGUGGCGCUCGCUGCGCAGGGCGGGGAGGCGGAGACGUACGACACCCCGUCCUACGUUAUCCGGCGAAUGCCCUACGAGGAGGUCACGGAAGACGUGAUGCGCGCGUACCUGGCUAGGGGCGAGCCGCUCAUUGUCACUGGUCUCGAGCGGCGGAUGCAGAUCUCGUGGACGCCGGAAUACUUCAUCGAGCACUACGGCGACCGGUCGUGCCUCAUCACGAACUGCGUGAACGAGUCGAACAAGCAGAUCACCGUGAAGGAGUUCUUUGAGACGUUCGGGAAGUAUGAGGAGAGGGACAAGAUGGUGUGGAAGUUGAAGGACUGGCCUCCGAUGGCGGACUUCAAGACGUUGUUCCCCGAGCUGUACAAGGACUUCAUGGACGCGGUUCCUGUGCCUUCGUACAUUCGACGAGACGGCGUCAUGAACAUCUCUUCACACUUCCCGACAAACACUAUUGCUCCCGAUCUUGGCCCAAAAAUGUACAAUGCACAGGCGUCGUCGACUCGCGAAGGCAGCAAGGGCUCUACGCGACUGCACAUGGACAUGGCCGAUGCGCUGAACAUCAUGACCUACGCAGCCCCGUCCGCAGACGAGACCAUCCCCGCCGGCGCCGCCUGGGACAUCUUUCGCCCCGAAGACUCAGCUACCAUCCGUGACUUCAUGCGUCACGCCCUCCACCGGACCAACACGGACCCUAUCCACAGCCAGCACUACUACCUCGACGACAAGCUGCGGCACGAGCUCUUCGCGGCCACCGGCGUCCGCGCCUUCCACUUCCAGCAGCGGCCCGGGGAGGCGGUCGUGAUCCCCGCGGGGUGCGCGCACCAAGUGUCGAACCUGAGCGACUGCAUCAAGGUCGCGGUCGACUUUGUGUCGCCGGAGAACGUGGAGCGGUGCGAAAAAUUGACGGAGGAGUUCAGGCAGGAAAACCAUGUGGCGGAGAAGCGGUGGAAGGAGGAUGUGCUGCAGCUGAAGACGAUGAUGUGGUAUGCGUGGGUGAACUGUUGCAAGCAGGAGAAUAAGCUGAAGAAGGCGUGAUGAUGGCAUACGACUUGUGGACGAAAGAGGACGAAGAGCUGGUUGUACAUUUUGUAUCAUAUACUCUGUUUUGUCUCUUUGCGCUUUGUGGUUUCUUGUGUGUACUAUUUGAUGAUUCUUGGAUGUCGGUCAUGUUCUGUACAUUGUCUUGUCUGUAGCUUUCGUAUACGGGACAUUAGCCUCGUACAUACCUAUACGCACCUCUGCUGUAUAUAUCAUGGUCUGUUCGUCUCGUUCUUCUAC